GAAACAGUUUUCCCGAUUGUCAACUCGUUAUAGGCCGUUUAAACACCCUAGAUUUAGAUUUUCUUGAAAUUUAUUAAUUCUAAUAGGAGAGUGCGUGUAGAUCAAAUCAAAGAUUUCUCCUUUCGUAAAAAUCGAUUACUGAAGAUAAUGAAAUAUGACAGCAAAGAAAUGUGGAUGAAUUAAUCGGAUUGAGACUUUCUCCUUGUAACAGCUUAUUUGGCAGAAAGUCUUAUCGGCAUGGUCAAUGCAGUACGAUGCUGAGAAAUCAGUAUUACCUGCUUUUUUGUCUCUGUACGUUUGUUAUCGCAACAUUGUUCACUUACGUACUACAGCGGCAUUGCUACAACUGCCCAUUGCUCAACCAUCGGGCCUCUGACCCUGACCCGACCUUGAUUCUGGUCUUGACCUAUUUACGCAGUGGCUCGACCUUGACCGGGGAUAUUCUACAGCAAUCCCCAAAAUCUUUCUACAUGUACGAACCACUUCGGUCAUACAAAUCGAACAUCUUUUUAGACGGUCAAAUCUGCAAUAUCUUCACAAUGAACUGUUCAAAACACAAUACGGAAAAAACAUUAACAGUAAUGGAGGAUCUCUUUAGAUGUCGUCUGCAACAACAUAAACUGCAGGUUCUUCUUCCGCGCAAGCACAGUGUCGCCGUGAUGAGUGUUAUACCUUUCUGCAAGUCAAGACCCGGAUUUGACACCUGUAUGAAGAAACUUCAAACGCUUUGUUAUCAGUCGCAGUCUAUUAUCUUGAAAACAAUCCGACUUUCUAUGGAAAUAAUGCCAAGACUUUUGAAGAAAUUCCCAGGUCUCAAGAUUGUACAUUUAUUAAGGGACCCGCGGGGAAUUAUUGACUCUAGAAGACGUGGAGGAUUCCUCCGAAACACUGGAAAAGCGCAAAGUUCUAAAAGUCUGUGUACAUUAAUUAGAAAGAACGUCCAAUAUUCCAAAACACUGCAAAAACGGUUUCCUAACAGCAUCACAACCGUCUUAUACGAAGACAUAGCAAAAAAUCCGGUGGAUUUGUCAAACAAAUUGUACAGGGAUUUAGAUUUGGAGUAUAGUGAUAAUUUUAAAGAAUGGAUUUUCAACCAUACUUCGGCGGGAACUCCAAAUAAUUCGUAUUAUGGAACUGUCCGAUCAAAUUCUUCAAAAACGUCGCAAUCUUGGAGGAAAAGGUUAAGUUUCAAAGACGUCAAAAUAAUUGAAGACGAGUGCGGGGAUGUGAUAGAUUUGCUGGGGUUUAGAAAAGUCAUUGACGUUGAAGAUCAGAAAAAUACCGAUCAAACUCUGAAAGUGCGUGAUGUCGACCUAUAGGUGAAAUUUUAUCUC